AUGGACAUUGAGACAGAUAUUCAGAGCUAUAUUUCAUGGCCUAUGUUUGAAGAGACUUCUUUCAGCAUGCCUUACUUGGACGAGAACAAUCUCAUAGAUUUUGCUCCUACUUUCUUCAACGAUUCCUAUGAUCUUCUUCCUCUUCCUGAAACCUUGGAGCACAGAGCUAUCCCUAUAUCCUACCUUCCACCAUUUUCGGAGAAACUUCAUUGCUCUGAAGAAAUCAUGAACUAUUACACAGAAGCCAUGCCGCUGAGCACAGUGACCAUUUCUUCACAGACUGUAAUGGAAGAGAAUGCAGCAGAGGAAAUGGAGAGGGAGGUGAAGAGUUUAAUGAGGGGAAGGAAAGCUAAAGGGAAGAGGAUGAUGAGGUCAUGCGAAUUAGGUUUAGAGGAAAUAAGGGGUUAUUUUAAUAUGCCGAUAACUAGAGCAGCCAUGGAAAUGAAUAUUGGAUUAACUGUGCUUAAGAAAAGGUGUAGGGAACUUGGUAUCACAAGGUGGCCGCAUCGCAAGUUGAAGAGCUUGAACACUCUUAUUACUAAUAUUCAGGAGAUAGGAAAGUGUUCAAGUGAUGAGAACAUUAAGGAGGAGCUGAAGUCACUGGAGAAGCACAAAAGGCUAAUGGAAGAGAAUCCAGAGAUUCAGCUAACUGAAGAAACAAAGAAGCUCAGGCAAGCCUGCUUCAAGGCAAAUUACAAGAGGAGGGUGGUAAAAGGAAUACAAGCAGCUCUGAGAGAGACAGUAGCCCUCACAAACCCCAAGCACGCCAACAGUAGUGGCAGUCAGUCUACCACUACGCAGUCUUAG